GCAGACGCCGGGCGGCGGAUCACCUCGCGUCAAGCAGGCGAACAAGGCGCGGCGACGGACUGGGGGGCGGGCGGGGAAGGCGGGAGGCGACCAGGGACUGAUGGGGCAACUGGCAUGAACGGCGGCGGCGGCGGCCCAGAUCCCUGCCUCUGCCAAGCCAAGCGGGUAAGGGGGUGCUUGGUGUCCUGCGGGAGCCGAGGAAGGAGACGAGCUGGGUUUGGCUGCGGGAGGAGGAGGGGCCGAGCUGGGGCUUACUUGGGAGCAGACGGGCGUCGGGUGGUAGGAGACAAGCCCGGAGUCUUAGGUAUAAUAAGCAUACGGCCACAGCCACACCCUUCAAGGGGGCUCCCUUCCGAGGAGAAGUAGAAAUGGCCAGGCUUGUGCAGGGCUGGUAACAACGCGGUUUGUCCUACUCAGAAGGAAGCCCCGUUGAGCAUAGGCUUACAACCGGUGCCAGCGCACAAACCUCACAAAAGCUAGCGGGGUUUACUCCCGAGUAAGCGUGCCUAGGACUCGCUCGCCCCAGCCGCGGAAGGGGAAACUGCACAUGUUUUAAAGCUGCGAUCCGGUGGACGCUGAAGCCAAUAGGACCUGUUCCUUAACUUCACACGUUCACAUUCCAAAGGCAUUCAGGGAGCAGGUUCCCGCGCCGUGCACUUCUUGCGCCCGCGCGCCCCUUUUUCCAGCAGACCAGCAUGGCUGGGCGGGGACGGUCCGCGCCUAACACGCGCCACUUGGCUCCGCCAUCGUCGCCUCACGCCCCUCUCUGCAGCCAAUCGCUGAGUGUUCUGGGGGAGGAGCCGAGCUGGUCCUCCCUAAAGUCGUCAGCUUGUCUUGAGUGUGUAACGGGCUGAAUUGUCCCACUUGUUCUCCGUGUAGCGGAGAGCUGCCAAGUGGCCAGGAGAGGGGGCGGGGGGAGGGAACCAAAGCAAAAUGAAAUCUAUCGGCGCGGCUCGGUCUUGUGUCUAUCAGAGGUUUCACUGAUGUGUAAGAAGUCAGCAGGUAAAAACGAAACGCUGUUUAUUUGCAAUUCUUACCUGUGAUACAUUUCAGGAUCAGAUUUUCUAACUUUGCCACCUGUUAAUUGCUGCCGUAGAUCAAACGACUGUAAAAGGAACCGUUUUGAAAGCUGGCAACCCGAUUCCAAAACUUUCCAAAAUUUUCUAGAAUGUCAAACCGUAUUCUUAGGAGCUCUCUUAACAUUUGAUUUCCCCCCUUUUAAUUUUACUAAAAGCAUAGUCCCUGGUCAAGAAGCGAAGAAAAAUACCUAAAUUCUCAGGAGCCAAAGUUUUGGGGUGAUCUUCUACUGUUCUACUGUUUUAAAAUUCUAAGAGGUAGGUUUAUACUGUUGUACUUCUCCCAGCUCCGGCCUGUUUAGCAGUGGAUUUAGGAAAUGUUCAUUUAUUCUGUUUUCAGGCUUUGAUCUUAAUGGAGGGACAAUGUCUGUGUUUUAUUUGUGUGGAUUAGUAUAAAUGUGAAUAUAUAAAGCUGCUAUCCUAACCUGGGAGAAAACCCAACUGGAUUCAAUAGGACUUUAUUUUGAGUAGCCACAAUUAGGAUUGUGCUGCAAGUGUGUAAUCUUGUCAUGGAGGAAUGGCUGCUCUGUCCUUGCUUAAUUUGUUCCUCCUUCAUUUUCUUUUUUUAAAAAAAACUUUUGUUGGAAUUUUUUUUACUUUGUUGAACUUCCUGAUAGCUCUUUGGCAACAUGAGGAAAAAGUAAACAGACGCCAUUGCAGCUAAACUGCAACCAAGAAGAGAACCACUUUGAUCAAGUUCCAAUGUAAUAUUACCUUGGCUGAUCUAUUAUGCAAACAAUGUGAAGUUUAUGGUGAUAACAACAGUAUUCUGGCAACAUGCAAUGUUGCUGUAACUGGUCUUGAUAUUAAAUAAAUUUGUGGCAUAAUCCCAUUAAUGUUUAUGCAGAAGUAAGCCCUAUUAAAUUCAAUGGUAAGUGUGGAUAGGAUUGAAAUCUUAAAUGCUGUUCAUUUUUGGAGAAUUGGCAUUGAUUCAUAUUUGAUUCAUUGGGAAUCCAUGAGGAUUCACAGUGUGCUAAUCUUCCCUUCUCCCCUUAUUGGGGGUGGAGAGAGACAGAUCAGGGAAGGUUGAUGGUAGCAUAGCAUAGGUGGUUGUCAGACUGCCCCCCUCCCACUGCGCCAUGAGCUCUGAAGCUGAGCACUGUAGCUCUACAGAGGAGUGAAGUUUGAAGUUUCAGAGGUGACUGUGUAAUUAAGCCCCAUUCUGAACAGUGCAGCAGGGGAAAUUGGAUUAUCUCUUUCUUUAUGCUGUUUCGGAUGGUUCCUUUUCUGUUGUUGAAGGAUUGGGUUAGGGGGUAGAAUUGGCCUCUAGGGCCAAUUUCUGCUUCCACCCCUAUUGCCUUCAUUAAACAAAACUGGUCUCUCCAUGGGUUUAGUAGUUUACUCCUCUCACAUUUUCAUUGUCAAAACUUUUAUCUUCUAACAUUCUUACAGGAAAGCUUUUAAAUAUUUUCAAUCUUUGAACUUCUUUCCCCAGCAAGCUUUCAGAAAUAUUUAUCCCAGAUGGUAUCUGUCUCUGAUUUGAAUUGAUUUUCUUUAUGUACCGUUGUUGCUUUAAGUUGUGUGUGUGUGUGUGUGUGUAUUAAACUGUUUUUAUAUAUGUAACUGUUUUAUAUAUGCUUAUCAUUUUGGGAUGCCUCAUAAGUGAAAUAAAAAUCCUACAGCUUAGAAAUCCUAAGCUGUAGGUAGCUUCGUUCAACUGAGAUACUAAUUGGCAUGGGACCACCAAGUUUGCUGUUAGAGGAAAUAAGAGCUUCUGUUCUGAAAGCAGUUUAUUUUGCAUCCUUCUUUUUUAAUCCCCUUAUUUAUUUUGAUUUUCAGCAGGUUUAGAAGCAGGACGUUACCUAUGUUCAGAAAUAUAGCUGGGGCAUGUAUUAUUAACAAGGUAAAUAAAUGCCAGAUGUUUUGUAUCUCCAUUCUCUUUGGUUAUAUAAACAGAAGGAAACCAUAUUGAUUGUAGGUGGGAGAAAGGGAAAGUGACAGAAGGAAUAAGGAAGUGGGGGGAGGAAAAUAGUAAAACAAAGAAACAAAACACCACACAUCUUGAAGAUACACAGGAGGAAAGUCAAGUAAUUGUUCUUGUGAAAAGGGAAGUUCACAACUCCUGCCUUCAACCAAAGUACAGUGGUACCAUGGGUUAAGUACUUAAUUUGUUCCGGAGGUCCGUUCUUAACCUGAAACUGUUCUUAACCUGAAGCACCACUUUAGCUAAUGGGGCUUCCCGCUGCCGCCGCGCCGCCAGAGCACAAUUUCUGUUCUCAUCCUGAAGCAAAGUUCUUAACCCGAGGUACUAUUUCUGAUUUGGCGGAGUCUGUAACCUGAAGCGUAUGUAACCUGAGGUACCACUGUAGUGGGUGGGCCAGUCAUUAUUGGCAGUGUGGAGGUUAAACUAGCGCACCCAAAUUUUGGCUUAAAUGUUUGAAAAGAGAUGGGGGCACUGGCUCUGCUCUGUGACUCUUUAAAAUCAUCAGCCUUGCCAUCAGAACUGGAGAUGGUGCCAGUUUAUUUUAACAACUCUGAGCAUUGAGUGUCUUCUUUAUUAGUGCACCUUUCCUUCUCUCUUACCUGCAGAAGGGGUGUGUGUGUGUGUGUGUGUGUGUACACACACACACUUAAUGGAUUUCUUACCUUUCUUCACCAUAAGGUCUUGGGGCAGUAUUGUAACAAUAUUAAAAUCAGACAAUUUACAAUCAGAAUAAUUAGGUGGAUCAGAUAGAUAGAUAGAUAGUGUCCGGAGUCCCGUCAGUCCCACAGCAUGCUGCCCUGCCAUACUAGAGAAACUACACCUGGUUUGUAGGUCCAAGCUGGCAAUCCUGCUUCCUCCAGAAUGAUCACUGCCUCAUGUUACAUCCAGCCUGGUCAAAGGAACCUUUUGUUAUACUGUAUAUUCACAAAUGCAAUAUAUCAUGAGCUGUUGAUGAGGCAUUUAUCUGACACAUGUAAUAGUUCAGGGGCUCCAUACCUUCCUGUGCUUAGUUAAUAAAUUACUUGGAAGGCUUAUUAAAGAGAAAAAUGUGAUUGGUAAAGGGAGUGCAGGAUUUAACGUUCCGAUUCUGAUUAUGUUGAUAGAUAGAUAGAUAGAUAUUGAUUGUCUUCUUUAUUUCACAGUUCCUUAAAAAAGACCAUUCUUGGGAAAUGCCCAGCUGUUACCCAGGAUAGGACAGUCUCCCGAUUGUAAGUGCAUAUCUGGAAAAUAUAUUUUUUUAAAUUAUUUUAAAAUGUGUUUUUUAAAAAUCAUACAUGUAGAAGUUUUCUGUCCUGAGACUACCCUUUUACAAGCAAUAGGACCCCAAACAAAGUCAGUACCUUAAGCAUGCACAUUUGUAGCCUGCAAAGCCAAACUCCGCUUCAACAACUGUGUAUGGUGAUCACCAGAAGUUUAAUGAAACCUUUGUUUUUGCUGAAUACAUGAUAAUAUAGACACGGAGUCACCAGGCACCUUACGUAGUCCUUCACAUUUAGUUAGUGGACUGUGUUUGGUUUGAUGUGUUUGGCAGAGGUGUGUCUGGUACCUCAACUGUACAGCUUCCAGUGACUGUUGAAUACACACCUCUUUACCCUGACUUUUGACACUUGAGGUGUAUAUUUUUAGGAACCACUUUAUUUUGGUGAUUGUAAGUUGCUUUAAACUAUUUUUGAUACUGUGUUUUAAUGUUGUAACCUGUUCUGGGGCCUUAAGGUGAAGGGCAGGUAAUUAUUAAUAAUAACAAUGUGUCAUAAGCUAUGUAGGCUUGCUUCAACUCUUAGGACUGGAAGGACAAUAAAAACAGUAUUUGAUUUUUUUUUUCAAGAGAAGAGAGAGCAAAGAGGGGAGGGAAAUUACAAGCCAGUUUCUGACGCUUCGGUUGGGAGUACAGCCAGACAUGUAACUACAGCUGCAUUCUAGAUUCAUAAAGCAAAACUCUGGAUACUAGAUAUAUUCAGUAAAAAAGAAAAAAAUUAAGAGAAGAACAUUUUAAUAGUUUCAAUGUAGCUGCCUGUUAAGCCAAUAAAGCUCAGUGUUUUGCCUGCUUACCUAGAAAGAGAAGUUUGCAUUCAUUCUCCAAAGCAAGAGGUGUUUAACGUGCCAGACAGUUUUUGGAUGGUUUUUGGAUGGUGAGCAAUGACCAGUAGCAAUUCCAGUUAUGUCAGCGGUGGUGCAAAGGAGUUGAACAGAGUGUAACAGAAAACUAAGAUUAGAGCAACCUUAACGGCUCUGUUCCUGAAGAAAGCCAGUUUGUGUGAUAGUUUCCAGGGCUACUGGCAUUCUUUUCCACCAAUAAGCUAAGCAAACCCCCUUUACUGCCACCUUGACACCACUCCUUGCCCCCUUGAAAGAGUUAGAAACAAUCAGUGAGCUCUGUAACCUAUUCCAAGGCUUAUAAACUCAAGACAGUGCUUUUGUACUAUGCAGAUUGAGCAUAUACUUUCAUUAGGCUAACUCAUGAUUGUUUCCAAAACUUCCAUACCUGCUUAUGCUGACAGAGUGACCUCAAACAUAUUGACUCUGAAAAUGCCCCAUUGUUUUUAGUGAGACUACUUAGUCUCAAGUGGGUGUGCAUAGGAUUCCAGGUAGAGAGAAGCUAGUGCAAUAGAAGGUAUUACUUCGCUUAGUUAUUUUGCAUAUUUCAUGCUAGCAAUAGGAUUAAGCAGAACUUCUGAUCCUUCUUGGAAUAAUUCCACGAGGUAUUACAAAACAGGUGUCAUGUCUGGGGUUAGUUCAGUACAAGUCCUCUCAACCUGAAUGUACUUCAGUACAUUCAUAGCCAUUGAGAGUAGAUUCCGAUUGGAAGAUAGCAUAUUUCGGAUAUGAAACAACUCUGCAAAGGAUUGGACAAUGCGGAAUAUACUUUUGGCAUGUAACCUAUCCCUUAGAAAUAAACAAUCCUCAGUGUGUUGGCAUUUGAAAAUGUAGGGUUAUUUCUAAGUAAAUGUGCUUUUAACAUUAGCAUGCCAAGGUGCAUUCCACCAACAUCUAAAGUUGUCAGUUUCAGAAUCUGCUUAACUUGCUACUAAAUUCUAAAUUUAUAAAAUGCACAAAUUAUUUAUAAAUUUAUGAUUAAGUUACAAAACAAAAUAUUUAUCUAUUCUCAGUGGCCUCUUGGUAUAAGUCACAGCAUGGAUGUUAACAUGAAGCAUUGUUGCCUUAAAAAAAAUAAUAGCUUUCUUUUUACUUGUAGGCUUUUCAAAUUGUCCUGCUUUAAAGCAGAACCAGUUCUUAAGAUGUCAAGUACUAUGACCUCCUGGAGUAUCAUCUCGGCAAGAAACAUUAUAUCCUCUUUGCAUGGAAAAGGACGUUUGUAUUCCAGGUGCUUUUCGAGCCAGAACAAAGUAGCAUGGAGGGGUUUGCUUGCCAAAGACUCCUUUUCUUCUUUCCUGUCAAGUUGCAGUUGUGGCAUGGACAGCAUCUUCACUGUGAGAAAAGCUUUCAGACACACCUCCACAGAAGAAGAAGACUUCUCCUUCCACCUGACACCAUCACAGAUAAAUGAAAUCUUAAGGGCUAAUGAGUUGUCCUAUACAGUACCUGAAUUUGAUGGGAAGAACCCGAGCUCAGUGUUGAAAUUUGAGAGUAACCACUUGGCUGCCAACGCCCCGAGUGAAGACCGUAGAAGUGCAGCUACAUGUUUGCAGACCAGAGGGAUGAUGUUUGGAGUCUUUGAUGGCCAUGCAGGCUAUGCUUGUGCACAGUCGGUCAGCGAGAGGCUGUUUUCUUACAUUGCUGUUUCUCUUCUGUCUCAACAAACACUUCAAGAAAUCGAGUCUGCCAUGGAGUCCAUGAAACCAGUUCUGCCCAUUCUGCAGUGGCACAAACACCCCAACGACAGGUUCUUUCAUGAGGUCGCCCCAAUGUAUUUGGAGCAGCUCAGAGUUUAUUGGCAAGACUUGCUGAACCUGGACAUGGAGCCAUGCCAUACUAAGAAGGAUGCACUGAUCUAUGCAUUUAAAAGGCUGGAUUCAGAUUUCUCUUUGGAAGUCCAGGCUCCCACAGAAAAUGAAUUGGUAAGGAACAUAGCCCUUCAGGUGGCUUUCUCGGGCGCAACAGCAUGUGUGGCUCACAUCGACAGUGUUAAUUUGCAUGUUGCAAAUACUGGUGACUGUAGAGCAAUUCUAGGGGUUCAAAAUAAAGAUGGGAUGUGGUCCGCCCUCCCUCUUACUCAAGACCACAAUGCCUUCAACAAAUUGGAAGCUUUAAGGUUAAAAAGUGAACACCCGGCCUCUGAAGAGGACACUGUCAUUGUGAACAACAGGUUGCUGGGAGUUCUUAUGCCCUCCAGAGCUUUCGGAGAUGUCAGAUUUAAGUGGAGCCAGGAACUUCAGCAGAGUGUGCUAGGAAAUGGUUGCAACACGGAGGCUUUAAACAUUUAUGAGUAUGCACCGCCAAACUAUCAUACACCUCCUUAUUUAACUGCAGAACCUGAAGUCACGUACCACAAAAUAAGAAAGCAGGAUAAAUUUUUAGUGAUUGCUUCGGAUGGGCUGUGGGACAUGUUGAGUAAUGAAGAGGUGGUCAAGCUUGUUGCCACGCAUCUGCUUGGAGACAAUGCCCAGAAAACGCCACUUGCUUUUAAGAAACCAGCCAACCUAGGUUACAUGCAAAACUUCCUUCUUCAGAGGAAGGGCAGGCACAUCCGCUCCUAUGACCACAACGUGGCUACCCACCUCAUCCGAAAUGCCAUUGGCAAUAAUGAAUAUGGAGAGAUUGAUCCAGAGAGGCUCAUGGCAAUGCUGACUCUUCCUGAUGAUGUAGCACGGCUGUAUAGGGAUGACAUCACGGUUACUGUGAUAUAUUUUAAUUCAGAUAUAAUUGAAGGUUACUACAGAGAUAACGAAUAAUGGACUUGUCUUUAUGAACCGUACAUGUUCUGUGGACCACUAGGGACCACUAGGGAUUUUAAAAAAAAUAUUAAAUCCCUAGCAAUACCACUGUGCAGAAACUCCCCCUAUCUUGUCUUCAGAAGUCUUAUAGUGGCUCUUUUAAUGAAGAAUUCAUGUGAAAAUUCUAAUAGCCUGCUUUGAUUAAAACAGCUGCCCCCAAGUAUCUAGACGUUUUGGGACUACCAACUUCUAUCAUCCCCAGCUGGUAAAGACGUGCUGGAUGGGACUGAUGUGAAUUAUAGUCCAGAACAUCUGGAGGGUCCCAGGUGGGGGGACAGCUGGGGUAAAGCAAUGCAAAAUUAUUUAUUUUAGUAGAACAAAGAUUGUAAGACAUCCUGGGCGGAAAGGGCAUCCUUGUGCCAAGGUGGAUGAGAAUGAAAUAUGCUGCUUGUUAAUCAAAGCCAUAAACUCAAGUGGCCAAAUAUCAUUGCCACUGAAAUUUAUGGCAAAUUUCUCUGUAAACUGAGAGCACUUACACUCAACAAUAUUAGAAAAAUGAGCUAGAUUGGUGGACAGCACUUUUCCUUUGAAGGCUAAGUUGCAAGAUAGCCAUGAAUGCAAAUACUGUAUGGCAGGUGAGGAGGGGCUUGGUCUAGGUGUGCCCCCAGGACUGAUUGUUUCCAUGGGAAAGUCUGCUAGGUACUAUUCUGGUACAAUAUUUUUUGAAAUGCAUAGUAGCUGAACAAAAGGGGCACAUAUUAGAAAACAAUAUUUCACUGAGACUCACUUCCAAACCAGCAUGUUAAAUCAUUUGCAUUUAUUCCUGUAGGGAACAUUUGUUUCGCAAAGCAGUGCAGCCAUUUAAAAUAAAAUGUCAGUUUGAUUGGCUCUCCUACUCAGCUUCCUGCAGUGCCCUAUUUAAAAUAUGAAAACUUGCUUUCUUCUUAUUCUGACUGUGAGAUUGUUUAUGCACUAGACUAAUUGCUGCUUGAACGCAUUUAUACUGCACUACAGGGAUUCAAAUCUCUUGCUGACUGCUUCUGCUGCCAUAGUACCAAUUGUAUCUGUGCCUCAGAACUUCUCAAGCCUAUGGAAAUGUUGUCCUUUUUAAAAUACCUCAGAAGCAAUUACUACUUUUAGUUAUGUUGCACCCUUGCAAAGCAUAUGGCUGAAUACUUCUAGUUUUCAGAAAGUAUCCUUUUAAUGUGUCUGGGCAUCUGGAUCUGCUAUCAGUGCAACUCAAGUCUUUUGAAAUAAAUCAUUACCAGUGGAAGCUAACUAUUUUUGGCUCGUUGGGGAACGUAUUCUUUUAAUAGCUUAAAAAUUAUACAAUGAUAUUUUUUGGUUUUGUUUUAAGAAAAGAUGGCUAAAGUUUUGUUUGUAGGCUAUAUGGAAAUGCAGUCUUGAAUCUGCAUACAGUGCUCAUUGUUUUAUGCGUAUUGAAUCUUCGUGAAGAAUGCUUCCUAAAGAGCCUUUAUUUAGAGUUCUGUAUAGUUUGAAUCCUGCUUUCAGAUAAGACCUUACCUUACCAACUGCUCACUUGAAAUCCAAUUCAUAGUUAACAAUUGCAUCCUUCAUUCAAAACCAUCAGAUAAAGGCACAUUUAAUACAUUUCAGUCUAUCGCUUAAAGAAUACAAUGGCUUUGUACUAGGCAAUGAACAAUCACACAGGUGGAAUUUUCCACUCUGUGAGUCAAAAUUGGGACUUGUUUGGAGGCCACAUCUGACAGUACAAAUUUCAGGAGUAAAGCCCAAGGAAUUAAAAUCUUAAAUGUCAUGCUCUGUACAAAGAAAUGUGGGCAGGUUGGGUGAAUGGCAUGAGCUACAAUUCAUGACUUAGUUUUGAUGUGGAUUAGAAAUAAGUUUUGUCUCUUUCCAAGUGAUAUAACUUGAGGCUUGCAGGAAUGCCUUAACUGAAAGCAGAAGAAAGUGAGUAAGAGGAGAACUAGGAAGGAAGGAAGUGGGUGGCAUUCACAACAUGUAUUCAGUUCUGUAGAAUUUUAACACUUUUUAUUUUGGAAUCAAUUUCUAAAAAGUAUAUUAUAAUUCAAAAGUUUGCUUUUUCUGCCAGCACUUUAAAACCAAACUACUGUGCCUGGUUUUGCACACAGACAGGACUUAAAUCAUAAAAUAUUGCUGGAUCUGAAUGCAUGUCUAGGCAUUACUUAGCAACGGACCUGAAUAUUGUGUAAGAUCUCCAUCAAAUGUGAUGUUGAAGUGUAUUAAAUGUGCCUUUAUCUGAUGGUUUUGAAUGAAGGAUGCAAUUGUUAACUAUGAAUUGGAUUUCAAGUGAGCAGUUGGUAAGGUAAGGUCUUAUCUAAACGAAAACUAACUAAAAGUAAUAUCCUUUUAGUAGAUGCAGAUUCUAGCUUCAAGUACAAUCUCUAAUACCUGAGUAGAAGGGUUUUCUUAUCAUUUUAGUCAAUUGUGCAUAAGUAAGAUUGCUACAAAUGAGACUCUUUCAUGUCAGCUUCAAAAGAAAUGGUGUAUGUUAUUUAAACAAACUAACCUUUAAAAAAAUGUUUACGAAGAUUGUGUUGAACUGUACUUGUUAACUGGCAAUUACUGUUUAAGAGACGACAUUUGUGGGUUUUUCGUGUAAAAACAGACUUAGCAUGUAUUUAUAACUGCUGUAUGCCUGCUAUAAAAAUUUAGAGUGUGAAAAUUAAUACUUAGAAAGUGUUUAACAAAUAUGCACAUUAUGCAGUUGGCUGCAUAUUCUACUCUUUCUGUAGCUGCAGCAAUACAGUUGAUUGCCAUUAACUACUGUGCUUCUGAGGGAACUUCUGAAUUUCCUCAGGCUGCUGUUACUUUUCAGGAGCAUGUGACUUUCCCAAGUGUCAGUAUGACACUUCAUUCCAUGUUUUUGUUUUUGUUUCUGAUCUAAACACAAUUCCUAGCUGGCUUACUCUCCUGGUAUAUCUGACCCAUUGAAUCAGUUCAAAGCACCUCUGCUAAAUAAAUGUAUGUUUCUGUUCCAUCAAUUUGGAUCAUGUCCGGUCCCACCUGAAGUCCUUUGCCUGUUAUUUGAUUCAUGCCUGUUAUUUCUUUUUCACUUGCCCAUAACUCUGUCACUGACAAUAUCCUACCCAUUAAAUUUCCUUGCUUGCUCCAUCUGUUCUGUAAUAGCUCCUCUGUGAUCAAGCCCCUGUCCUUCUUGUGCUCCUGUUUCUGUGACUUCUGUCAUGCUAUCACCUAUCAACAGUAUAAAACAAUGUCUUGAUUCACACCUAAUGCUACACCAUGGUUUAUUAAGCUAGAGUUAUUAAAACAUGGCUUAGCAUGUGUUAAUCCUGGCCAGCGGCUUAACUGGUGUUUCUACUACCAACAAACUACAAUCUUAAACCAUGCUUUAUUGUUGGCUUAUGAACCUUGCUUUGUUUUAACUAUGGCUUGCCAUUACACAGCAGCCUUAACUAUGGUUUGUUUGACCACCAUACACCCCCCAAACGCUAGUCAAACUACAAAGGCACAAGGCAAGAGCAACAUUGGAGAAACAAACCACAGUUUCUUUGAUCAUGUGUGGGACAAACCAUUGUAAACUUGCAGUUUGUGCAACAAACCAUGGCUUAAACUAAUUGUAGCUUAGUGUUAUGUGUUAACCAGGCCAGUGACCUCCUUGUUCGACAAGCCUACUUCCUGUCUCUUAAAGCCUUCCUCAAAACUAAUUUUACCAAACAAUUUCAAAAAACAUAAGCUGGUCCACGUUGCCCAGUGUUGUCUGCUCCAUCAGUGGUUUUCUAGGGUUUUUCCCAGCCCUCUUUUGAGAGCACUUUUAACAGAAGAGAUGCUGGGGAUUGAACCCAAAACCUUACACAAGCAAAGCAUAUACUGUACCACUUAGCUAUGGACUUUUCACCUCUGUUGUCUUGCUCUUCCCCACCUCAUUUACUGCUUUUCUUGGUCUGUUCAUGAUCUUUUCUCCAUUUCUGUAUACUGUAGUGUCUUUAUUGCACAGUAUAAAUUCUAUGCAAGGACGUCAUUUUUGUGCUGUAUACACCUAAAUAUUUAGUAAUGCAAGCAGAUAUAGCAUAAGAAAAUAAGAGCAGCCCUGCUGCAUCAAACCAAAGGCCCAUCUAGCACAAACAGGGUCCAACCAGGUACUUCUGGGAAGUUUGCAAACAAGAAGAGUGCAAUUGCCAUCUCUUGUGUUGUGCCUGGUAUUCAGAGCCAUGCUAUGUCUGAUACUGGAGAUAAUAUACAGCCAUUAUAACCAGUAACCAUUGAUAGCCUUGUCAUUCAUGAACCUGUCCAAUUCUUUAAAAAGCUGCCUUAAGUUGAUGCUCAUUGCUGCAUCUUGUGGCAAUGAAUCCCAGAGUUUAACUAUGUGCUAUGGGAAGUACUUUCUUUUGUCGGUCUCAAAUCUUCCAACAUUCAGCUUCACUGGGUGACACAAGGUUCUAAUAUUAUGAGAGAAGGAGAAAAACUCCACUUUGUCUAUACUGUUCAUACUUUUAACGCACCUCAUUCACCUUUUUUUCCUAAACUAAAAGCACCAGAUGCCGUAACCUUUCCUCAGCUGUAUACACAUCAUACAUUUAAAGCACCAGACUUUCCCCAAAGAUCCCCUUACAGAGCUUCAGUUCCUAGCACCCUUGACAAACUACAGUUUCCUGGAUUCCUUGGGGGAAGCCAUGCACUUUAUAUGUUCUUUAAAUGUAUGGUAUGUACACAGUCCUCAUAAAGAAAGAAGUUCCAGACCCCUGAUGAUUUUGGUUGUCUUUUUCUGUAUCCUUUUUUCCAUUCUACAAUAUCUUUUUUGAGAUGCAGUGACCAAAACUGUACAUUGAAUUUUAAGUACAUAGAUCUUUAUAAUGGCAGUUUUAUUUUCAGUCCCUCAGAGGCAGGUUUAGAGGAAUGUGAUUGGUUCAGUCGCACUGGGUGCAGAGCCUAGAGGGCACCACAACUAUUAUUUAGAAUGGAGCAUGAGAGGCAGGGGACAAAUUUUGGCGUUGCACAGGGUGCCACUGAAAUUUGUGACCCCAAGGUCCACCACUGAAUCCCUUUCCUAAUGAUUUCUAGCGUAGAAUUCAGUUCACCUUUUCUUCACACCUGCUGCAUAUUGGCUCAAUGUAUUUAUUGAGUUAUGCAUUACAGUGUUACAGUUGCUUUCCUUGUUAGUCACAACUGGUUCAGAUGGUGACACUAAGCUGCAUAACUCCAAUUCUGCAGGGAACAGGAGUUGCACAAUUCUCACAAGAAAUGUUUCCAGUAUAUUCUGCUCUCGGAAUCCAUUGCUGCUUAAAAUCAACUAGGAGAAAAGGUUAUAUUUUCAACAACAUUAUGUAGCAAAGAACAACAAUUCAAGUGUAGAAAUCAAUAUUUAUCAACUUAAUUGCAAUACUGCUAAUGUGCCUGUUGCAACGGGAAAUACCGUAUUUUUUGCUCUAUAAGACUCACUUUUUCCCUCCUAAAAAGUAAGGGGAAAUGUGUGUGCGUCUUAUGGAGCGAAUGCAGGCUGCACAGCUAUCACAGAAGCCAGAACAGCAAGAGGGAUUGCUGUUUUCACUGCGCAGCGAUCCCUCUUGCUGUUCUGGCUUCUGAGACUCAGAAUAUUUUUUUUCUUGUUUUCCUCCUCCAAAAACUAGGUGCGUCUUAUAGUCUGGUGCGUCUUAUAGGGCGAAAAAUACGGUAUAUUUUAUGUAAAUUGCUAUUUUAAAAUGUUGGUUAUUAUACUGGUGGUGUUAAGCUAGAAUGUUAGUGCUCUGGUUUGCAAAGCUGAAGAGAAAAUAUGAUUAAAUGUGUAUACUUAAUAUAUUUACAUACUUUUCUAAAUUGUAAAUAUUGUACAUUUGGGAAUAAAGGUAUAUAAUUGGGACAC